AUGGCUGAUAUGAACCAACCAUCAAAGUGCACCUGGUCGUUAGGUACUACCGAGAAGUGUCCACAUUCCACUAGAGCUAAAGAAACACCAAAGAUCUAUGAUAACAUUCUUCAACAAAUCGGAAAUACACCAUUGGUUAGAAUCAAUAAUGUUUCAAAGGGUUUGAAAUGUGAAUUAUUGGCCAAAUGUGAAUUUUUCAAUGCUGGUGGUUCAGUUAAGGAUAGAAUUGGUUACCGUAUGGUUCUCGAUGCUGAGGCAUCUGGUCGUAUCAAGCCAGGUGACACUUUGAUCGAGCCAACCUCUGGUAAUACCGGUAUCGGUUUGGCUUUGGCCGCCGCCAUCAAGGGAUACAAGAUGAUCAUCACCUUGCCAGAGAAGAUGUCACAAGAGAAGGUCGACGUUCUCAAGGCUCUCGGUGCCACUAUCAUUCGUACACCAACUGAAGCCGCCUUUGACUCACCGGAGUCACACAUUGGUGUCGCCUUGAAGUUGAACGCUGAGAUUCCAAACUCUCACAUCUUGGAUCAAUAUGCCAAUCCAUCGAAUCCACUCGCUCACUACGAUGGUACCGCCGAGGAGAUCAUCGACCAAUGCGAUGGUAAGAUCGAUAUGGUCGUCUGCACUGCCGGUACUGGUGGAACCAUCACCGGUAUCGCUCGUAAGAUCAAAGAGCGUUUGCCACACGUCAAGAUUGUCGGUGUCGAUCCAUUCGGUUCCAUCUUGGCCGUGCCAGCUUCGUUGAACGAGACCAAGAUCACCUCGUACAAGAUCGAGGGUAUCGGUUACGAUUUCAUUCCAAAGGUUUUGGAUCGUUCACUCGUUGACGAGUGGGUAAAGUCUGAGGACUCCGAGUCGUUCAUCAUGGCCCGUCGUUUGAUUAAGGAGGAAGGUUUGCUCUGUGGUGGAUCCUCUGGUUCCGCCAUGGUCGGUGCCUUGAAGGCUGCCGCUCAACUCGGUGAAGGACAACGUUGUGUUGUGUUGCUCGCCGACUCCAUUCGUAACUACAUGUCCAAGCAUUUGAAUGACGACUGGAUGGUCGACAACGGUUUCGUCAACCCAGUCUACCCAUCGUACAAAACCACCGAGGAGGAGAAAUACCACGGUGCCACAAUCAAGGAUUUGAACUUGCCAAAGCCAAUCACCGUCUCUGCCAACACCACCUGUGCAGCUGCCGUCGAGUUGCUCCAGAAGCACGGAUUCGAUCAACUUCCAGUCGUCUCUGAAACCAAGAAACUCCUUGGUUUGGUCACCCUCGGUAAUUUGCUCUCACACAUCUCAUCGAAGCGUUCAAUGCCAACCGACCCAGUCAGCAAGGUCAUGUUCAGAUUCCACAGAAACGAACACUUUGUUUCAAUCUCCACCGAAACCUCACUUGCCAGUUUACAAAAGUUUUUCGAGUCUCAUUCAUCUGCAAUCGUCACUGACAAUGAUGAAAUUGUAUCUAUCGUUACAAAGAUUGAUCUUUUGACUUACAUCAUGAAGCACCCAGUUGAACAAAAAUAA